GCACCAAAGUAACAUACAACUAAACGUAAAUCCUCCACCUCAACUUCAACUUCUAGUACUUCCAACUUGUACAAUUUUCUUUUCUUGUAUUUACCAUUUAUUUCAAUGAUCCGCCAAGCUUUUAACCACUUCUUCGUUACCAGCAAUUCCUACAUCCGCAAUCAUGGCCCCCAUUUCUCCAGUCCGUAAUAAAGAGGACAAAGCCACCAUUCCCCUAACCGCAAACCUCUACCUCCAACUCAAACAAUUAGCCAUUGGCGACCAUUGGCUCUCUCGUUAUGUCCCCGCGCUCAUUCUCCUCUUGGAAGGCUUUCUCUGCAGUGCCAUAAUCUAUUUCAUACCAUGUAUGUUCCGACCCCUCUUCCCCUCCCUUCCUUCUAGCCUGUCCCACAUCCGCUAAUCGUUGUCCAGACACAGAAAUAGACUGGAAAGCAUAUAUGGAACAAAUCGACCAAUAUGCAUCCGGUGAACGCGACUACACGCAAAUCAAAGGUGGUACCGGUCCAUUGGUAUAUCCAGCCGCGCAUGUAUGGAUAUACUAUGCGUUAUGGUGGAUCACUGAUCAUGGACGUGAUAUACUUGUUGCGCAGCGGAUAUUUGGGGUUUUGUAUUUGGGAACUCUGGGUGUGGUUUUGGCUUGUUACAGGAGGGCUAAGGUUGGUUAAAUCUCAUAAUCGGAAGCGCAGAAGGGUUGGUGGGUGGGCUAAUCUGGGUGUUAUAUAUCUAGGCACCACAUUACAUAUUUCCUAUGCUUGUCCUUUCAAAACGAUUGCAUAGCAUAUUUGUUCUUCGACUAUUUAACGAUGGGUUCGCGGUUCUUUUCUUAUGGGUUGCGAUCUACUUCUUUCAGCGCAGGAUAUGGACAAUUGGAAGCAUAGCAUAUAGUUGGGGCUUGGGGAUUAAGAUGUCAUUGUUACUGGCAUUACCGUCCAUUGGAAUAAUGCUAUUUUUGGCGAAAGGAGUACAAGGAGCUCUCAAGCAGGCAUGGCUUAUGGCACAAUUGCAGGUUGUGAUUGCAUUGCCAUUUUUCCCAACAAACGCAAUGGGUUAUCUGAGUAGAGCUUUUGAGUUCUCAAGGGUGUUCUUAUUCAAAUGGACCGUCAAUUGGAGAUUCCUAGGAGAGGAAAAUUUCCUAAGCAAAGAAUUCUCCACAACUUUAUUAGUAGGGCAUGUCAAUACUUUGGUCUUAUUCGCAACGACAAGAUGGCUCAAACCAGCCGAAAAGCCACUUAUGGAUUUGAUUCGAAGUGCGCUAAGAUUGGAGGAACCACUGGGACAAAGGCAACAUGCUUGCUCGAUUUCGAUAUCACCAAAUUAUAUCAUGACAACCAUCCUGACUGCUACCACGAUUGGUAUGCUCUUCGCACGAUCUUUGCACUAUCAAUUUUAUGCCUAUCUCGCAUGGGCCACACCAUUUUUACUCUGGCGCAGUGGCAUGCAUCCAAUUCUUCAAUAUGCACUUUGGGGAGCACAGGAAUGGGCCUGGAAUGUGUACCCUAGUACUGCCAUGAGUUCUUUGACGGUAGUCAGUAUUAUGUUCAUUACCGUGGCGGCUGUAUGGUGGGGAACAAGGCUAGAUUUCGUCGUUCCCAAAGGCCAAGGAGGGGUCGACAAAAAGAAGUCUUGAUUUGGUGUGAGCAGAGAUUUUCUCGCUCCCUAGGAUAUUUGCCAUAUCAUUCCUCGUCCGAAUCUGAUGGUGGCAUUUUACCAACGGUCGACUCCUCGUCAUCCGAAUCCUCGAUAUAUGCAGAGCUCUUGGGAAAUUCCUUGGGCCUGUUGAAACGUGUUAAUGAGUCGAAUUGAUCCUCAUAUAACGCGAAACCUACCAAUAAGUUUCUUU